AGUGACAAAACUGAAUGCAUGCGUGCGUUUCCUUCCUGCCUCCCUCCAUCCCUCCCUCUUUUUCUCUCCUCCUCCUCCUCCGCUCUCUCUCUCUCUCUCUCUCUCUCUUUUCACCGGCAAAACACGCACGCACGUACACGACACGCGCUGCUGCCCUUCUUUCUUUUUUGGCCAUACGGGGGGAGUAAACGCUGAGGACUGACUUCACCCGUACGCAGCAUCCACCCUGCCCUCCUCCCGGAUGUCGUUCUAACAAGUGGCUGCUCAGCGCAGGAGCUGGGAUACACCAUGACAGACGAGUUGGCGUUGACGUAGCUGCGAGAAUCUCAAAUGGCUCUCUGUUUGUGUCCUAACCUAAGUGACAGAGGUGUGUGCUGGGUGUCCAAGACAAGCCAGGAGUCCUCCCAGACAGCAGGGGGAAGUGGCAGAAAUGCAGGAGCCAAUCUUGGAUGCCAAGAUGCCAAAACAGGAGCAGAAUUCCAAGCCUCUGGAUGAGCAGAAGGAGAAUGAUGACACAUCUGAGAAGACAUCCCCAAACAAAAACCUCAAAUCACCACAGAAAGGCUCCAAAAGACAUAAAACAACACAGUUUAAAGUGGCACUGUUGGAUUUGUCGGAUUACAAAGGAGAAAUUGAGAAACAGUCGAAAGGACAGACGCUGAUAGACAUGGUGUGUGAGCACCUCAACUUGCUGGAAAAGGACUAUUUUGGCUUAACCUUUGCAGACACAGACACCCAAAAGAACUGGUUGGACCCCUCUAAGGAGAUGAAGAAACAGAUGCGCAACAGUCCAUGGCACUUUGCCUUCGCUGUCAAGUUCUACCCUCCAGACCCCUCCCAGCUCACUGAGGAUAUUACCAGAUACUACCUGUGUCUGCAGCUGAGGGAUGACAUGUUGUCAGGUCGACUGCCUUGCUCAUUUGUCACCCACGCCCUCCUGGGCUCCUAUACAGUCCAAGCUGAGCUCGGCGACUAUGAUCAUGAUGAGCAUGCACUGGACUAUGUCAGCGAUUUCCAUUUCACUCCCAAUCAGACUCGUGAGCUGGAGGAGAGAGUGAUGGAGCUCCAUCGAAACUACAAGGGUAUGACUCCAGCGGAGGCUGAAAUUAACUUUUUGGAGAAUGCUAAGAAACUGUCCAUGUAUGGCGUGGACCUGCACCAUGCUAAGGAUUCUGAAGGGAUCGACAUAAUGCUGGGUGUAUGCGCCAACGGCCUGCUGGUAUACCGUGAUCGGCUGAGGAUCAACCGCUUUGCUUGGCCAAAGAUCCUUAAGAUCUCCUAUAAGAGGAGCAACUUUUAUAUUAAGAUAAGACCUGGAGAGUAUGAGCAAUUUGAAAGCACUAUUGGUUUUAAGCUACCUAACCACAGAGCUGCCAAAAGGCUGUGGAAAGUCUGCAUUGAGCAUCACACCUUCUUCCGGUUGGUUUCUCCAGAGCCUCCUCCCAAGGGCUUCUUGGUGAUGGGCUCAAAGUUUCGAUACAGUGGAAGAACGCAGGCUCAAACCAGACAGGCCAGCGCUCUCAUAGACCGACCCGCUCCUCACUUUGAGCGGUCCACGAGCAAGCGGCACCUGCUCUCCAGAAGUUUAGAUGGAGAGUUUUCCCGGCCAUUGUCAGCCAUGUGUGAGAAUCACGAUGGCCUCUUCGACAACAGCAUCAGUGGACGACGUCGUCUCCAGAGCCCCUCUGUGGAUGAGCAGGAAACUGAACUGGAGCCCAGUUUGGAACAAGAUGAGGAGGAUCUGGACCAGGAUGAGGGCAAGGAGAUGGAAAGAGACAAUGGCCAGGACGGAAAUGUCACUCCAAGCAAAAAGAAAGAAAUCAUGGAGGAGGCUGGGUCACCAGUUGACAGUAAAAAGGAGUUUCUGAAUAAGUCACAGGAUGUCUUGCUGAAGCACCAGGCCAGUAUCAAUGAGCUAAAAAGAGCCCUGAGGGAACCCAACAGCAAGCUGAUGAGCCGUGAGAAGCGUCUGUCAGCAUCAUCGCCACCCAGCACGCCAGAGAAAAAGCCUUUGGGGGGCCGAGUGGUGGGAAAAGACCCCAUUAAUAGCCUGUCUAUUGAGGGGUUCAUCCAGAAGAAUCUCACGACUUCACCUGAGGGCUCUGAGGAUUGGGUAUUGAUUGAACACCCAGAAAGUUAUCAUCAAGACCAUGACUGGAAAGUGAAAGAAAAUAACAAGUCUCACACAUCUGAUUCUUCCUGGGACAAAAAUAAGCAGGAAAAAGAGAUAAAUGUCUCUAAGAUUAUGCAUAUUGAUGUAACAGACUCUGGCAGAAAAGAAAUGAAAAGCAAUAUGGAUGAAUUUCCAUCAACAAAAUCAUCCAGAGAGGCAGCUGCGUGCUAUGAGCAGCGGCCCACUAACAAAGGUCGUUUUCAGAUUCAAUUAUCUGCAAAUGCAGACUCGUGUCAAGAUAAAUCUCCAAGCAAACAAUCUGAAGGUUCAACCUCUGAACCAAAGGACAGUUUGGCCCUCAGCUCACAUCAGAUGAAGGAACACACAGCUUCAAUGCAGAGAAAAAAGAGGCCACCCCAGAGCUUAAACCUGGGAAUGCCUCCAGAUCUAGGACACGAGAAAGGUGCAAGUGAUUCUACUGAAAAGGAAAACGAGGGCUUAGACUCAGACGACAAUUCAGAAAACAAUUCUGAAACAGCAAAUGAUUGUCAAUCAGCAAUGGUAGUGUUGGCAGAAGGUGAUAGAGAACCACAAAAGAAUCAGCCUUUCAAGGCCUAUGAAGACAGCAUACUGGCGGACAUAGUGGCAGGAGAAAGCAAGGAUGCUUCCACCCAAGAUUCAGGACCAGUCAAACAAAGCUUGAACCAGGUUGGGCUGUCAGAAAUAAAUGGACCUGCGAAGGUAGACCAUGCAAGUCCAUUAGUAAAUGUAAAAGGGGAGUGCUUAAAGAUAAUAAGAGGAAAGGGCUUUAUUGACAAUAAAGAGCUAGCAGAGGUAAAACUGAGACAGGUCAGAACACAUGAGAGAAAGAUAAGUAGUUCUGGAGGAGAGGAUAUUGAGAGUCUAAUGGGAGACAGACGUCAGAGGGCGUCUCUCCAGAGACUGUCGGGCAGCCAUCAGUCAGAAAUCACCAGGAUUGUUCCUAUAAAGCCAGAGCGAUCGAAGAGCAUAGCAUGUAAGGAUGACAGGGACAGGGUAGGACAGGAUGAGCAAACGCGUGUCUUAAGAAGAGAAUACCGCUGGUCGGUCGGCUCUCCAGAGGGAUCCUCAGACCUCAACUGGACUGAUGUCUCUACCCUUCAUCCAGCAUUUGAAGUAAAUUUAGAGAAAAUCGCUCAAGACGAGAAUCCUGAUGACAGUUAUCAUCCCUGCCGUGGGUCUUCUGAAAGUCAGAUGUUUACCUCACCUCUUCCGAAAAUAAUUCCUCCAGCUCCACCAGUAAAAACUAAGAAGGCUCGGGAAUCUGGACUAAUACUGCGGAACAGCAGGAAUGCUGUCAGAGAGCAGAGCCAGGAAGCGGUCAAGAAGAGAUACUCGGAGCCUGUCUCUGCUCCCUUUGUUUAUGAUGACCCAUUUAUUGAUGCCAAGAAGGAGCUCAGUGACAAGAGGCCCCAGACGAUUAUAGUCCCAGAGGAGGAACAGGAGCAGGACACUGUGGCCUGCAUGAGGGAGGCCCAUCUAGGCAUUGAGCGCAAGUGCUCCAGUAUGACGAUCAGCUCCACAUCCAGCCUAGAAGCUGAGGUCGACUUCACUGUCAUAACAGACCUCCAUCCCUGCAUGGAGGACAUGACUAAAGGCGUGUCCUAUUCGGGAGAGAAGGAGCGACAGCCCGAGGUGGGACGGGAGGACUUUGAGGAAACAUCGAGGUUCUACUCUGCACGUCUAAUGGGCCAAAUGGACAAAUCUCCCAUAGAGGAGAAACUUCCUGAAGAGGGAAUGUAUCAUGAGCCUCCUGUGGCAAGAAGAGAUUCCAGCACUGUGACGAUGGCCCAGAUGCUCAAGAGGGCCGAUUCCAAGACAGAGUCUCAGUCAAACGGCUCAGAAGUUCAAGCGACUGUCACACCUGUCUCACCACAGAGACUCUCCUUCACCCAAGAUACUCCUUUUAGCCUUAAAGAAAAUGGAUCACCGGUAAAAGCCUGCCCUAAAGGUAAAGAUUCCAUUGUGUCCCCACUGACCAUCACUGCAGAAAGUGUCACCACUGCAACCACAACUCAAGUUACCAAGACGGUCAAAGGAAGCUUCUCAGAGACCAGAAUUGAGAAAAGGAUUAUCAUCACAGGCGAUGACGAUGUAGAUCAACAUCAGGCGCUUGCCAUGGCAAUCCAAGAGGCCAAACAGCAGCACCCCGACAUGCUUGUGACAAAAGCGGUGGUGAUAAGGGAAACAGAGUCUCCCACUGAGGACCUACAGCAGAAGUUACAGUCCUGAUUGGUCAUGGUGGCUCCUGAGGCGGAGGACAUGAGAGGAUUCACCCCUGGUGCAGCGUGCCAUGAACCUGGUAAAAGGACUAUUUAGUCCUCCCGAGUUAGACACUUGACAGCAGACUGUGAUCCACGAAGCAGUAGACCACCUCCCCUGUCCUUUGAGACAAAUGUACUGUGACCCGGCCUCUGACCUGAUCCGGAAUCCUGUCACAGGGACCCCGGCCCUAAUUAGUCAGGAAGGAUCACCUGCUUGAGAGAUUAUUGGGUUACAGCUUUCUCGUUUUGAUUUGGUUUUAUUGUAUUUAUGUUUUACUGCACACACCCCUGCCACGUUACCAUUUAUUUACAAAUAGCUUCCUUCGAUAUUGCAGACAUAUUUCUUGAACCAUGAUCAUUUAAUACAUGCAACAAAUACAGUAUGUGACAAAUGGUUCGGAAGAAAGAAGGGGCACAAUCCUGGUGAUGCAGGUUCCACCGUGGCGUCACCUACGGCACCUUCAGCAGUCUUACAACCUUUUUACAUUUUUAUCUGUAGAGAAACUUAUGCCCAGUGUCUGCUUGAUAAGUAAAUAUGUAUAUUACGAGAUUAUUAUAACCUGCAUGAUUCAAAGCAGAGGGAAUUUUAAGAAACUAACAAUACAUAUACAAAUGUCCUUGUGUGACGGAGAAAUACUUUUCUUUGUUGGGAAAAUUCAUUGGUACACUAAGCAGCAAAGACAUCACGAUACAAAGCAAUUUGUGGAAAGAUUUCCAGAAAUCUUUGGGCCAAAGGAUGUUGAUGUUGGAGACAUUGAAAUGUCGUUGGACUCACAACAAAGACAUUCGUGUGGGGAUCUGCUUUGCAAUCAAGAUAUGAUGAACAUUGUUCAGUUUCCAUUUCCUGCCAUUACCAUUAAUGCUUCCUUUGAGAUGGUCUGCUUUGGGUGUGGGAUUUUUAGAGCCAAUUUAUUAUUAAUGUAUGUUUCAGAAAUGUUUAUGCUUUUGUUUUUUUAAGAUCCUACUUACAAAGCAAAUGCUUUUUUUGGUUUACAUGAUCCAAUAUAUAAAUGUUAUUCUUGUGAUCUUGAAGUGUUUCAGUCUUUGGUUGUAAACAUGCUGAAAUAUCAUUGUUGAAAGUCUUGUUAGGUGCUGUGUGGGACAUUACAAAUGUUAUUUUGGCAAAUUGAAAAUGUGCUCUUAUCCCAAUUGGCAUUACCAUUUGUACAGUGAAUAUAAAAAGUGUACACAACCCCUGUUUAAAUGGCAUGCUUUUAUGACGAAGUUAUGUGAUGUAAAUACAUUGUUUCAAAACGUUUUCCAGCAUGAAUGUGACCUAUAACCUGUACAACCCAAUUACAAUUGUUAAAAAAUAUUUUUGAGAGGGGAAGUAAAUAUAAACAGCAGAAAUAAUACGGUUGCACAAGUGUGCGCACCCUCUAAUAAUUGGGAUAUGGCUGUGUUCAGAAUAUACCAAUCACUCAAUCAAUCACCAAUGUUAAACAGUCAGAGUCAGCACACACCUGCCACCAUUUAAAGUGCCUCUGAUUAACCUCAACUCAAGCUCAGCUGCUCUAGUAGGCCUUUUCUGACAUUUUAUUUUUCUUUACUUUUUUUU